GCAGAAAUCUGUGUGUGUUUUUGUGUGUGUGUGAGUGAAACAUGCCGAAGCGGAAAGCGGCUGCGCGAGUGGUUGAUGAGGACGAUGCUUCGGACGUUUCCUCACAGUCGUAUCAGUCGUUUGGCAAGCGACCGAAGCGAAAUUCGACUUCGAUUGACAUCUGUCAGGAAUUAUUCGAGAUAUUGCGGAAUCACCGGAAUGAAGAUGGUCGACUUGUUUGCGAGUCUUUUCUCCGAGUACCGAAACGACGGUCAAUGCCGGAAUAUUAUGAAGCGGUGUCGAACCCAAUCGACAUGACACAAAUCGGCAUGAAAAUCAAGAACGAAGAAUACACCGGAGUUGAGCACCUCACUAUCGAUGUAGAUUUGCUUGUCAAGAAUGCAAAAUUGUUUUACGAGGUAAAUGAUUCUAAUGUGACGGAAAUGAGAAUGAGAGAUUCCAACGAGUACAAUGAUGCCUGUGACCUUUGGGACAUGUUUACGGCUGCGAAGCAGCGCUACGUUUCCGCCACUCCUUCCGGAUCCUCCGACUCUUCCGAUCUCGUCAGUUUCUCGGGCAACAAUGCGUGCAUUGGCCUGGACGACGACUCGAAAGAGAAAAAAAUAAUUCUCAAGUUUUCAAAGUUGACAAAACGAGCAGCCGCUGCGUCGUCGUCAGCGGACGACGAAGGUGGCGGGAGAGACGACGAUGACGACAUGGGCAGUGAAACGUCAUCUUCAGUGUCGGCGAAUGUGGACGAGACUUUGGGCUCACAUCUCGAGGAAGUCUUUGGCGCCGUGAUGACCGCCGCGGACGCUACUGGAAGGACCAUGAGUGACCCUUUCUUGCUCCUGCCCUCCAAGAAAAUGUAUCCUUCGUAUUAUGUCGUCAUCGACAAGCCGAUCGAUUUGAAAAUCAUCGCGACGAAAAUCCAGAAGAACCAGUAUUCCUCGCUUGAUGACCUGGAAAAGGACUUCAAUCUCCUUUUCAAGAACGCAUUCACUUUUAACGAAACUGGUUCACAAAUUUACAAAGACGCGAAAGCCUUGAAAAAGGUUGUGCAGACCCGAAAGCAGGACAUCGAACAAGAUCAAGGCCUGUCCCGAAACAGCAAAUUUAGCGAGCGUAUUCGCUCCCGCGCCCGCCGAACGAAAUAUUCCGCAAAAAUCGCUUCCCUUCAAUACGAAGAGGACGAGGACGAAGAAGAGGAAAUGGCGGAAGAGAACUCCGAAGAGGAAGAGGAGGAAGAAGAAGAAGGCGAAGAGGAGGAAGAAGAAGAGGAGGAGGAGGAAGAGGAAGAAGUUGUAGUCCAGGCUCCAGUCCGUGGCCGAGGUCGUCCUCCAAAGAAUCUCAAACCGACGCCGCCUCUUCCCUCGCAGAAAAAGCCUGUUGGCAAGAAGCAACGGGAAACUGAAGAAGAAGAGGAAGAGAAUGAGAAUGACGAAGACUUGCAGAGCGAAGAUUUGGAAAGUCCGCUGUGGGAGUUGUACGAAGCCGUGGCGAAUUACACCAGUGCCCAAGGGUAUCACUUGUCGCAACCAUUCCUGGUUCUGCCGUCGAAGCAGAGUUAUCCAGAUUAUUAUCGGGAAAUCGACAAUCCAAUUUCCAUGAACAUGAUCAAAACUAGAAUCAAAAGGGGUCAUUACGGCGGUGUGAGCGAUUUGGCUGAAGACUUCACCUUGAUGUUCGAAAAUGCCAAGCAAUACAAUCGACCGGAUUCCCGAAUAUAUCGCGAUGCUGCCAAAUUAUUCAAGGUCAUGCAAGCCAAACUGCAGGAACUGUUGGACUUGCAGUCCAGUGACAGUGAAGCUGAAGAAGACGAAUCUCCAGUUCCGAAGGCCAAGAAAAAGAACGAAUCUUCCAGAACCUUCAUCGUUUUGCUCAACCCUUUGGUUCCUCUUCAUUUUAAAUUAAAGGACGAAAACGGGAGACAGCUUGUGGCGAUGUUCAUGGAGAAGCCAAGCAAGAAAACGUACCCGGACUACUAUAAGAUCAUCACUGAUCCCAUCGACAUGAUCACAAUCGAGCAAAACAUCAAAGUUGACAAGUAUUCAGCGAUCGACGAACUAGUUGCCGACUUCAAGCUGAUGUUCGAUAACUGUCGGGAGUACAACGAAGAUGGAUCUGACAUCUACGAAGACGCCAACAAACUCGAGACUUUGCUCAUGGCCAAAGUCGAAGAGUUCAAAGCGGAAUUAACGCCGAAACAGCGACUCAUGAAGCGAAUCGACGGCACGAAGAAAGAACUCACUGAAAAGCUGAUGAGCCUCUUCGAAGCCAUCAAAGAUUUCAAGAAUAGUAAAGGCCGCCAGCUGUCUGUUGUCUUCAAUAAGCUUCCGAGUAACAAAGAUUAUCGCGAGUACUACGAAGUCAUCAAGAAUCCGAUCUCUUUGGAGAAGAUUCAUCAGAAAAUCAAGCAACAGCAAUACGUCAACCUCGAGGAACUCAUGAGUGACCUCAUCCUUAUGUUCGAUAACGCCUGCAAGUACAACGAACCUGAUUCUCAAAUUUACAAAGACGCCCUCGUCUUACAGAAGGUCGCCUUACAGAAGAAAAUUCAACUACAAGAUGACGAUGGCAUGCCGGACGUGCAGCUAGCUGUGCAAGAGCUUCUCUUGAGUCUUUUCAUCGCAUUUUAUAACCACACGGAUUCCGAAGGCAGGUGCUUAUCGGAUUCGUUGCAAGAGCUUCCGGAGUACGCCGAAGACUCGAACGGAGUCAAGUAUCGUGCGCCGAAUCUCGACAUGAUCAAACAACUCAUCGACAGAGGUCACUACAGACGUUUGGACCACUUCCAGGACGACGUGCGUGUCGUUCUCCAACGCGCUCGUCAGAUCUCCAGGUCUGAUUCUCAAGUCUUCGAAGAUGCCCUCGAGCUGGAGUCCAAGUUCAUCGAGCUCAGAGACGAAGUUUGCAACAACGGCGAACUCCUUUGGUCGCCGGCAUUAUCCUACACGAAGGCGGACGUGAUUGCAGCGGGAGACGCUUUGAGAGCGGAAAAGGCGGCGAAAGAAAACUCUCAGCAAGUGUCGGAAGACGAAGCGAGGGAGCAGCGUGAACAGGACAAGAUAGCGUCGAUGUCCUCAACUUCGGAAGCUGUAAUAGUGAACGGAGUCCAGUAUAGAGUCGGGGACUUCGUUUACAUCGUCCCCAGAGAAAAAGGCAUGGAACCGCACAUAAUACAGAUAGAAAAGUUUUAUCGAGAUGAUGGAAACGCCGAGUUGAUCUGGGGAACUUGGUACUACCGCCCGAACGAAACGUACCAUUUGCAAACGCGGAAGUUUAUAGAAAAGGAAGUGUUCCGGUCGGACAACCGGAGUUCGGCACCCGCGGAAGAAAUCCUGGGCAAGUGCUUCGUAAUGUACGUGAAGGACUAUUUCAGGAAUAAACCCAUCGGAUUCGACGACGAGAAUGUAUACGUGUGCGAGUCGCGGUACUCGACUAGAACCCGGCUGUUCAAGAAGCUGUCCAAGUGGAGAGAUCAUAGGUUCUUGAAUAUGGGGGAUAAUGUGGAGAUUAUGGCCAGGGAAGAGGCUUUGGAGUGUAAACGGGUGUCGUCGGUGUUUCGGGAUCAAGACACGUUCAACAAGGGACCGCCGAUGCUUCAUGGUUCUGGCACUGCACCCAGUUCAAUUAGUUUUUCGGAUGUGGACGUGGAGCAUUCGUUUCCUGAUCGUAUUAGACCUAAUGUGGAAUUAAGCCAUAUGACGGACGGACGCGUCAUGUAUGAGCAGUAUAAUAUUCCAGCGGGAACUAUUAAACUUGGUGACGCCGUUUAUGUCAGAGCGGAAAAUGGCAAGAAGUUAAUUGCCCGCGUGGAGUCCAUGUGGGUUGAAAACGGAAACGCUCAGUUUCAUGGUCCGUGGUUUGUUACUCCGCCGGAAAUUCCGAAUCCGUCUUCGUCCAUGUUCUACAAUCAAGAGGUUUUUCUGUCCUCUAUCGAAGAUACGAAUCCAUUACUUGCCAUUGUGGGCAAGUGUUCUGUUUUGGAGAUGAACGAAUAUCCGUGCCGAAGACCCACAGAAGUACCUGAGAAAGACGUAUACGUUUGCGAAAGUUUAUACGAGGAGUCCAAGCGGAUCAUGAAGCUCCUGGAGCCCGGACAAGCGCUGAGGAAAUUUAACCUGUCAAACUAUUCUACGCCAGACGAGAUUUACUUCUUGAGGAAGCCGGUUGCCCUGCAAAAGAUUGAUUGGAGUGCCGAGCUGACCAAUUAUCACAUGGCGUCAGCGCAGAUGCAGCAAAGCCCCGUUAACAAGCCGCAGCCGGAACACUUGCUGGACGAGGCAUCGUACGACAGCGUCGCUGGCCCUGUCGCAUCCCCUGGCAGCCUGACGUUUUCCCACGCCCUGAAUUCGCCGCAACUGGGCAGUAUGUUGAGCGCAGCUACCGGAAAUGGGCCAGGAAUGCCCGGGGUCAAGGGACCCGGCAGCGAUGGACGACCCGGAACUCCGAGCGGUGGUGGACAAUCCGCGAAGAAGCCUCAAAAAAAGGCGUUGCCGUACAAGGUUAUGACUGGAUACACAUUGUACGCGGGCGAGGUGAGAAAGUCGAUUAUCAGCAAGAAUCCUGAUGCUCAGUUCGGCGAGAUCUCCAGACUGGUUGGCGGUGAAUGGAGAGCAUUGGCGGACUCAGCCAAGAAAGAAUACGAAGAAAGAGCCGUGAAACUCAACGAAGCAUCUGCUGCAAAACACGCUCAUGAAAUGAUUCCAGAACCUGGAGACUCUGGGACGCCAACGGCAGUUAUCACGACGGAAGACUGCGUGUGGGAGUGUUGCUGGGAACAAUGCAAGAACGUGUACGAGGACCAGUGCGACUUCGUGGACCAUUUGAUAUCUGACAAGGACGGACACGCAUACGUGACCUUUUCGGAUCCGGAUGCCGAGAAGUUCAAUUGCAAAUGGCGGAAUUGCGGACGUGUCAAAAAGGGCGUGCCGCCUUUCCCGAAACUCGAUCGGCUCGUGCGGCACGUCAAAGAAGUGCACGUGACGAGGAAUCCCGGCAAGAAAAUGACUGCUCAACAAGUGGAGGCUUUACCGAACUUUUUCCCGUCAAAGACGAAGCCGAAAUUUAUUACUCAGACCACGACGACGAAAAUAAAUCCCGGAAGGCAGCUGGGCGGGCCAUUCUACUCUCAGGGCCAGGUGGGGCACCACCACCACCACCAACAACACCAUCAGCACCACCACCACCAUCAUCACCAGCAGGUUCAGGGCUUGCCGCAAGGAAUUCCGCCACAAUAUCACCAAACAGUGCAGGGUAUGACUAUUCAAGGGACGCCUAUGAGAACGCCGUAUGGAUCCUCGUCGCCGAUGAUGACGACACACAUGAAUGGCGGCGGGGUGGUCAUCAAGCAGCAACAGCACGUGCAUGUUUAUUCACCGCCGCCGGUGGGUCCUCAAAGUCCGGUUCAGCAAGUGAAUAUGGGCGGUCAACAGGGCAUCAAUCAACAACAUCUCCAACGACCCAUGGAACCGAUUUUCGUACCCGCUCCAAAAGUCAGCCGUUUGAUCCAUUCAGAAAUUUAUUUGAGGUAUAUCGAGAAUUUGAAGGCGGAUAGGAUGACGAUAACGGAUUUCGAGAAGACGUUGAAAGCCACGCGGGCGAACACAGUGGCGGUCGGAUCUGUGCCGUCUGUAAACGGCGCCCCUAGUGAGCACACCUUGCCGUACCACUGGUUAUCCGACCCUCGCCCAAAAGGCGUCGUUGCUACAAGACACGGAGGUUCUUUGACGGGUGCGUUGUGGGCUCUGCGGAAACACAUGCUAAAGGACGCGUGGCGUUUCAAAAAAGUAUUGUUUCCCGCCAUUGAAAGUAACAGUUUAGGAGUGGAGUAAUCUAAGUAUCUUGAGAUUUUUUUGCAUGAUUGUUUUUUUCCUGGAUGUGGCUCGUUUUUUGAUGUAUUUUCAUCAACUUUUUUACUGGACUUACGCGUAGGCUUAUGUUAUCACUUGCCGAAAGAAACUUGCAGGGCUUUUUUUGUGGGUGUGUUUUUGUCAGGUACCAAAGCGGUUGAUAUGCGCGGUUUUUUUUUCUGGCCGGUAAAAUCGUCAGUUUUCAUUUUUUGCAAGUUGGGAGUUCUUUCCAAAAAGGGGUAUUCACGGUUUGUCAAACCGUGAAAUUGUUUGACGUCUCUUAUGAGUUAAUUUCCGUGCCUCCUUCUGACUGUCCAUUUGUCUUGGUGUAACUUGAUUUUUAUUAUUUCCUUUGAGCCUAUUCCCUGGUUGGAACUCUCCAGCUUUCGAAAAUGGAAGUUCAAAUGUAAAGAAAAGGCUCGAUUUUGUUGCAUUUCUUGAGGUUUUGUACGACACCGCAAGUGGAGCUCGCUUGGUAAAUUAAAGCACUGCUAUUCGUU